AUGCACACAGCAAAUAGAAAUUUAAGUGUAGAUAGAGAGCAUGAGCCCAUCAACGAAUCUGGCUGUUUUAGAGCCUAUAGUGGCAAGAACCGCGACACAAUUAACAACUGAGUCAAAGCUCUAAAUCCGAAAGGAUUAAAAUUCGUUGACAGAAUGGUCUUAGAUAUAAACAGGCGUGAACUGCUAAAACAAGAGCUAGAAUCAAGAUCAGUAAUAAUCGAACAAGAAGAAACGCCACCUGAAUAUAUACUAGCUGAAUCCAAUGGAAGAUAUAACGAUUCAACUGCUUGUGAAGAAUUUUCUCCUGAUUUCAAAAGGCAGCCUUUUAACGACUCCAACAAUGUAUUUACAAGAUUAAGCAGAGAUGCAAAUAUCAGAAAAAGCAUGAUAGAGCUCCGAGACCACAACAAAGAACUACUAGAAGAAGAAAAUCGGAUUAAAAACAAAAAGACCAUUAACAAAGAAAAAUUAAAACUCAUCAUUGACAGGCUGAACUCUACAAAUGUCAAAAAAGAAGAAAGCAUAAGGAUAGCGAAAGAAGAAAGAGAAAAAUUCGAGAUUGAGGAAGCAAUAAGACUUGCCAAUUUGCAUCAUCAAAGAAAGCCUGAUCCAAAAGUGAUGGAAAGGCUGACAGAAGAAGACAAAAUUAUAGAAAAAGAGUACGGGAUUCAUGAAGAAGUGAGAAGUAAAAGUGCACAGAGAAGCUUAAGCUUGUCAGAAAGUAGAGCUUUAGGAGACAGAUUAAUGAAGCCAGUUUCGAAAAAAAAGAUGAAAUGUGAUGGUGGAGAAAAAGAAACUAAAAAAGCUACAAGUGAGCAAGUAGAGAAUAUUGUGGCGAGGCUUUAUUAUUCGAGACCAUCAACUCCUACAAAAGUGACGAGUCUUAAUACAAGUAUAAGCACAUCUAAAGGGAAGAAAAGGAGGGGGGAAUUGAAAGAAUCAAUUUUUAGACAGAAAAUGAUGAGCGCAAACUCAGUUCAAGAAAAACUGUGCACACCAAUUCAUGCUGCAAGAAAAAAUAACCCAAACACUGCUGAAAAACAAACAAAUCGCUUUAAUGAGGAGUCUUCAUUUACUCCAAAUUUGAAAACUCCUGUCAAAAUCCAAAAAAAAGCUUACACAGAAUGCAAAAAUUGUGAAAAAGAGCUUAAAAAAGAUAAUUUCCCUAUCCAUGAUAUCCCAAAGCUUAAUUUUGACAUCAACCCAGCCGUUGAAAAACGAAGUGUAGAAGUCCAGGCUUUUUCUGAUUUAAAACUAUCGCCUAUUGAUAAGAAAUCCCAUGGAUCCUUUUCUUUUCUAUCUGUAAACUUAGACUGGCCUAACUCUACUUCUCAUCAUCACAAGUCUUCAAGCAUAGGCCAAUUGGAUUUUAAAGAUGAAAGAACCAGUUUGUCAAACCUUCUUUACUCAAAGAAAUUUGAGUCAAAUGGGGAUGAUUUUAUUCUAUCACGAGGAGAUGAAAAUAAUGCUUCUGGCUUAAACCAAUCGGCAUUAUCUUUAGCUGCUCGUGUAUCUGACACACCUUUGCUGUCACAGUAUUCAUCUAUAUGCAAUGAAAACUCUGAUAUAAUUGAGAGAAAAGAUAGGGGGAUAAAUAGUGAAAUAGGAUCCAGCGUUGCCCAGUCACAAGAUGAGCCAACUGAAAUUCCUUUAACGCAUAAUAAAAUUCAAAAAAAUCCUCAAACAUAUUCUCAAGAAACUUUAUAUUUAAUGUCAAAUCCUCUGAAAGCACAAAUUGAAGACCAGUGCUCUCCCAAAAUCAAUGAAAAGGCGCAUCAACUUUUUGAUACUUAUAGAUUCAUAGUAGGAAUCACAGAAAGUGGAGAUUUUAUUUAUGAAUAA